GUCCACUGCGGGAAGAAUCUCUUCGUUCACAUCGGCCUGAGGGGCGGAGACGAACCUAAGCAUGCAUUGUCGCUCGUUCCAGGAUAGAAGAAGAGCUCGAAAGUGUCUGCGAACCGACGUUUGUACGGAGGCUGUCCGGACGACUUUCCCCACUGAUUGAGCCGAUCGGCUAAGUUACCCUAGGUGGAACUACUAGUUGAGGUGCACCGACACUGCAAAAGGCGGAGAAACCCUCCAGACCGGUUAAAAGCGUGAUUGCCGAGUCUCCACCAGGCUGACCGAAUUGGUGUUCGGGGGCGCCGAUCUCGGGAAAAGACUCGGGAUGAGGCAAAGGAUCCCCACCAGGAAGGCUGCAAACGGCGUGGAAAAAGCAAUGGAUCAUCCGAAGCUAAGCCUUCUUGGCAUAACAUUGAACACGCUCACCAGAGACUCAGAGUACCCCGUGGGACUGAAUCACCCUUUCUCGGGGAGUUUCCGACCCUGGGACCACCCCCGCCUUCCUUCGGCAUCUGAAAUCUUUGAAGUCAAUAGCCGCCUUUUUUGCAUGUACGAUGGGGGACUGACGCUCCCCAGGUUUUUCGAAAUCUUCCAAAAAAGCGACUCUUGGUAUGGCCUAGACGUUCUGAAGCAGCGAAAUACGACAGGGUGCUCGUCAAGUAUCUCACCAAGUAGUACCUCCUCCGGAGUCCUCUGGUAUUUACCGCCCUGCCGGGGCAAGUCGGCUACUAUGACAUCCGUUGAAAGGUGCAAGUGGAGUGUCAACAUUAGUAGCAUCCACUUCAUAAAUCGAGGGGAUUCGCUUAACCUGUGAAGACUGGGGAUAUGAUGUAACCUGGUCAAAUCCCACACAUGGAGGUGGCUUCCAGGGGAAAAUAUUUCAUGCGCUGCGUGGCUAUAUAGAGGGCACCCUUGCCAGCCAGAUUGCGUAAAUCACUGUGCCCCCUCCCGAAGAUUCCACGCGCCGCCAUCGAAGCCCGCCAUGAAUCUGUGGUUUCUUACCCUCUGGGUCACUUUGGUGACAGCCUGGGUCGACAACCAAGGGACAACAUGCACUUUGUACCCCGAAUCCCUGAUUUAUAAGGGCCAGGAGGUUGAUGACUCCCCGUCUAUUCAACAAGCGUUUGACCUGUGUGGCACGAACGGGACGGUCAUUUUCUCCGAGAACGUUUUUCACGUCAACACCGUUCUCAACACAACCAAUCUGCUGAAUUGUGAUGUGCAUCUCCGUGGCGAGCUACGCUUCUCUGCCAACGUUCCGUACUGGCGAACCCAUGCCAUCAGUGUUGUUCUGCAGGAUCAAGUCACUGCAUGGCUGUUUGGUGGCCAAAAUGUGAGCUUUCACGGAGAGGGUGGCUUUUACAACGGCAAUGGUCAAGCUUGGUACAAUGCGAACAGGAAUGAAUCGAACCAGGCCGGACGUCCGAUGAGCUUCACGGUCUACAACUCAACC